AUGCGGUGCUAUUUACCGAUGGCAGUGUAUAAUCUGUUAGCGGACGGCGGCACGCAGGCCGCCCUGUGCCCUCCCUUCCAGUGCCGGCAGGACGAGGCCUCCCUCACCCUGCUCCUGCCCGUGCCCGGCAUCCGGCCCCAGAGCCUGAGCGGGGACGUGGGCACGCACCACUACAGCCUCCGCUUCUCCAGUGCCACGGGCACCUAUGCCCUCUUCUUACAGUUUUCUCCCGCAAACAGGCUGGCGUCCCCCGAGACCAGCGUUAGCGUGUCUGCCCACAACGCUGCCAUCGGGCUCGCCAAGGCCCCCGGCAGCAGCGGGCCCUGGGAGAAGUUCUGCUUCGGCCUUGACGCCUCCGCUCUGCAGGAAAGAUUGUUUGUCAGUGAAGAAAACGUUGAUGGAUUGAGACAGGAACCAGAUUUAGAAAGUGCUGUCGCAGUAGGCGAAACGGCCGUGGCCGCAGACUCUGAAAAACAGGCAGGCCGGCUGCCGGGGGGGCAGGCGAGCGGGGAAGGGGAUGGAGCGGCUGGGCCCGCAGGGUCGGCGCAGGGGAGCCGGCGCAGCUCCGACAGCAGACCAGUCUCCCCAGUCCUCCAAGAAGUGAACGCGCAGGAUGGGAGCGUGGAGAUCGUUAGGGAUCACGUAACGCGCUGCCCGGUCGUGUUUCAGAAUUCUUUGCUGUAUGAAUUGGACUAG